AUGGAGCAUGCUGUGGGUGGAAAAUUUAAGCUUGGGAGGAAAAUUGGGAGCGGUUCAUUUGGUGAACUCUAUUUAGGUGUGAACAUACAAAAUGGAGAAGAAGUAGGCGUCAAGCUGGAAUCUGUGAAGACCAAGCACCCUCAACUUCACUAUGAGUCAAAAGUUUAUAUGCUUCUCCAGGGAGGAACUGGAAUUCCCAACCUGAAGUGGUUUGGAGUUGAGAAUGAAUACAACAUCAUGGUUAUAGACCUUCUUGGACCAAGUCUGGAAGAUCUGUUCAAUUAUUGUAACAGGAAGUUCUCCUUGAAAACUGUAUUAAUGCUGGCAGAUCAAUUAAUUAAUAGAGUUGAAUACAUGCAUUCAAGAGGAUUUCUUCACCGUGAUAUAAAGCCUGAUAACUUUUUGAUGGGCUUAGGACGCAAAGCAAAUCGGGUUUACAUCAUUGAUUUUGGUCUUGCCAAAAAAUAUAGGGAUCUGCAGACUCACAAGCACAUACCAUACAGGGAAAACAAGAAUCUCACUGGUACUGCUCGUUAUGCUAGUAUUAAUACACACCUUGGAGUUGAACAAAGCCGAAGGGAUGAUUUGGAAUCUCUUGGUUAUGUCCUUAUGUAUUUUCUGAGAGGAAGCCUUCCUUGGCAGGGACUGAAAGCUGGCACCAAAAAGCAGAAAUAUGACAAGAUUAGUGAAAAGAAGAUGUUAACUCCAGUAGAGGUGCUAUGCAAAUCAUAUCCAUCUGAGUUCAUAUCAUAUUUUCAUUAUUGCCGAUCAUUAAGAUUUGAGGACAAGCCAGAUUAUUCUUAUUUGAAGAGGCUUUUCAGGGACUUAUUUAUUCGCGAAGGUUACCAAUUUGAUUAUGUUUUUGAUUGGACAAUACUGAAGUAUCCUCAGAUUGGCACCAGUUCUAAAGCAAGAAAUCCCAGUGGCAAUGCAGGGGCUGGAACUUCUGGUGAAAGACCAUUAAAACCAUCAGUGGGGCAAGAUAUUCGAGAUAGAUUCUCAGGCGCUGUUGAAGCUUUUUCGAGGAGGAAUCCUGCAGGUUCAGGGCGUCAUGGUGAACAUUCAGGACACAGGGCAUCAGAAUGUGCACCUUCAUCCAAGGAUGUGCAACCCGAUUCAGAAAGAGGCCAAACUUCUCGAAAUGGCAGCACUUCAAAGAGAGCAGCAAUUUCGAGCAGCAGACCAAGCUCCUCUGGUGGACCCGCCGAUGGCCACUCAAGUAGAUUGAUGUCGAGCAGUGGCCGCAUCUCUACAACACAAAGAAUUCAACCCGGCAUUGAACCUAAAUCAUCUGCCUUCUCUCGUACCGCAGUUACUAAAGGCACUCACAGUGAUCCUCUUCAAAGCUUCGACUUCCUCUCAAUCCGUAAGCCAGCCUAG